AGUCCGGCGCUGGGUCGUGGAGUCCCGCACAACUCUUUCUGGUCGCUGCACGGGACGCCCAGUCUCCAGAGUUGCAAGCAACUUUCCCCUCUCCCUGGCGCUGCGGUGGCUCGGGGACUGUGGCCACGGCAGGUAGCUGAAUCCCCGGCCACGCUUCCAGUGCCUCGCGCUUGGGUCGACACCUCCCGGGGUGCACGCUGGGGGUCCCCGAUCUCGAUUCUGUGGGCGAGAUGCCCCUGGGACACAUCAUGAGGCUGGACCUGGAGAAAAUCGCCCUGGAGUACAUCGUGCCCUGUCUGCAUGAGGUCGGCUUCUGCUAUCUGGACAACUUCCUGGGAGAGGUGGUGGGUGACUGCGUCCUGGAGCGCGUUAAGCAACUGCACUGCAACGGGGCCCUGCGAGACGGCCAGCUGGCUGGGCCGCGGGCCGGCGUCUCCAAGCGGCACCUGCGGGGCGACCAGAUCACGUGGAUCGGGGGCAACGAGGAGGGCUGCGAGGCCAUCAGCUUCCUUCUGUCCCUCAUCGACAGGCUAGUCCUCUACUGCGGGAGCCGGCUGGGCAAAUACUACGUCAAGGAGAGGUCCAAGGCAAUGGUGGCUUGCUACCCAGGAAAUGGAACAGGUUACGUUCGCCAUGUAGACAACCCCAACGGUGACGGCCGCUGCAUCACCUGCAUCUACUAUCUGAACAAGAAUUGGGAUGCCAAGCUGCACGGUGGGGUCCUGCGGAUAUUUCCAGAGGGAAAAUCUUUCAUAGCAGAUGUGGAGCCCAUUUUCGACAGACUCCUGUUCUUCUGGUCAGAUCGUCGGAACCCACAUGAAGUUCAGCCUUCCUACGCCACCAGAUACGCUAUGACUGUUUGGUACUUUGAUGCCGAAGAAAGGGCCGAAGCCAAAAAGAAGUUCAGGAAUUUAACUAGGAAAACUGAAUCUACCCACACUGAAGACUGACCAGUGCUCUGAAAUCCGCUGGCAUCAUUCAUUUUAGCAACGGUGUCUAAGUUCUUUAUAAGAGUUCAGAUCCAAAGAUAGCCUCUUCGAUGACUCAGUGAUGAGGACCUCUCCCCACUGCUGGAAUGCCUUGCAUCGUUCACUUCUCUGUCUUGCAUGUGGUACUUUAUGUCUUCUUGCCAAGACUGUAUUCACCUUGAGACACUCUUUGCCAGAUGAACUCUUUUGCUAACUCCAGAAAUACCUGCAGACAACCUAGCUGGCCAGCGGUUUAACUGAUACAUUUUGUUGUUAUUGGCUGUCAAAAUGAGAGCAUGGAAGCACAAGGGAGGGACUGUCUUACUUGCACUUUAUGUACACUUCCUGAUUUGAAAAGAAGGGGUUUGUAAUGAAAACAAAAAGUAGGGACAGAUGCCACAGAGAGGCAUCAGUGAAGCCUUCACAGCAGGAAACAGAAAUUUGUGUCAUCUGAACAGUUUCCAGAUGUUUUUAAUCCAGGGCUGUUGGAGUUUCUGGAGAAUUAUCACACUCUA